AUGCAUUUCUUUUUCUUUUCUUUUUCCUUAUUUAUAUGCAUUUCCUUUUUUCUUACUUCUAUCCAUUUCUUUUUUUUCUUAUUUCUAUGCAUUUCUUUUUUCUUUUUUAUUUAUAUGCAUUUCCUUUUUUUCUUAUUUUUCUUUUUUCUUAUUUCUAUUCAAUUUUUUACGCAUUUCAAUUUGUGCUGUCCAUUUCAUUUUUCUUCUAUGCAUUUCUUUUUCUUUUCUUUUUUCUCAUUGCUAUGCAUUUCUUUUUUCUUAUUUAUAUGCUAUUCUUUUUCUUUUCUUUGUCUUACUUUUAUGCAUUUCUUUUCCCUUUACUUUUUUCUUAUUUCUAUGCAUUUCCUUUUUUUUCUUACUUGUAUCCAUUCCUUUUCUUACUUCUAUGCAUUUCUUUUUUCUUUCCUUUUUUCUUAUUUUUAUGAAUUUUCUUUUUUUUUUUUAUUGCUAUCCAUUUCUUUUUUUCUUACUGGCAUGCAUUUCUUUUUUUCUUUUCUUUUUCUCACUUUUUAUGCAUUUCUUUUUCUUUUCUUUUGUCUUACUUCUAUGCAUUUCUUUUUUCUUAUUUCUAUGAAUUUUCUUUUUUUUCUUAUAUUUAUCUAUUUCUUUUUUCUUAUUUCUAUGCCUUUUUUCCCUUUUUCUCACUUCUAUGCAUUUCUUUUUAUUUUCUUUUUUCUUAUUUCCAGGAAUUUCUUUUUUCUUUUCUCUUUUCUUAUUUCUAUGCAUUUCUUUUUCUCUUUCUCACUUCUAUGCAUUUCUUUUUCUUUUCUUUUUUCUGGCUUCUAUGUAAUUCUUUUUUCUUAUUUAUAUGCUCUUCUUUUUUCUUUUCUUUUGUCUUUACUCUUAUGCAUUUCUGCAGUAAUACAAUUUACUAUUUGCAAAAUAUUUCUAUAA